AUGUCUGACACAUACAACUUCGCUGCAGCAAGUGCUGCUAGCCAGAUCACCGGCCGUAGGGUCUUUUCAGUAUCGAGCCCCAGAGAGCACCAUGUGGGCAAAGAUUUUGACUUUUCCAGGCCUGAUAAUUUGAGUCGAGCUUUCGCUAUCGAAAGCCUCCAGUAUUACCGCUCAAAUAUUGUAGAACGGGAGGCUAUAUAUAGGUCAUUGUCUGAUUGUCUUCUGACAUACAGUCAAGACUUUAAAGAGGUUGUUUCACUUUGUGUUGGCAAGCCAGACGGUGUGUUUUCUGACCACCGUCAGUUUCAACUACCCAAUGAUGUCGAUGCGGUUCGUCGAGUAGUCGCAAAAAAUGUUAACCUGGACGGUAGCCUCCGCAGUUAUAAGCCUAUCUUUAACAGGAUAAGGAAAUCGAUGUACUCUUUUUGGGUUGUGCCGGUGGACGGUAUUUGGGUUCUGAUAGUUAUGCACCUCGCGGACUACGACGAACGAGAAGAUAAGAACCGCAAAAUGAGCAUAUCCAGGGUCGACGGGAAGUCAAUCACUGCUAGAUUUAUAAGGAUUUAUGAUGUCGUCCACGAAGGCAGACUCGAGAGACAGCAGAGAAUAAAAGAAAGGCUCCCGAUCGUACUCAAAGAAGGCGACAUCGACAUCCUGGAUAUCCACGGAAAAUACCCGUCAUUUGCGGCAGUAGAAGGGCUUCCGACGUUGUAUAAUUACAGCCAUGAAUCAGGUCUGCUCAUUCACAUGAUCGUUGAGCAUUUGUUUGAAAGGCUCGAAAUGAUUGUCCAAAGGUCCUUGUGGGCACCCAUCCGUCUGCCCGCGAAUCCAGGCGCAUUAUACAGAGCUCGUGGUCGAAUGAUUGGGAACAUGAUGACUGCCAUGAGUGCUACAAAUCAAUGGCAAGCAACAGCGGCCAUUGAGUUGCCUGGUUGCGACCUACGUAUGGGGAGCGGUUUGUCAUCGACUCUGCAACGUCUUAGCCUAGCUGACGACGUCCAGGGUGAUGGGAACGAAAGCCCGAUAUGA